UUGCAGAGUAAAUUGUUUCGAUCCAAAUCCAAUGAUUAUGAAAUUGAAACUUUAGAGGCGCACAACGAAUACCGAAAGGAACAUGGUACUCCACCUCUAGUUUUAAGCAAAGAUAUUAGUAAAAUAAGUCAAAAAUGGGCUGAAGAAUUAGCGAAAAAUGACACUUUAGCAUACAGUAUAAAUGAUACGUACGGAGAAAGUGUUUAUUGUGGUUGGUCCCCAGAUCCAGGUGUAAAAAUACGAGCAAAGGAUUGGGUUGAUAGAUGGUAUAAUGAAAUUAAUGAUUAUUCUUUUGGCAAAGAACCAGAGGUACUUACGUGUGGUCACUUCACCCAAAUCAUAUGGAAAAAUACCAGAGAAAUCGGUGUUGGGUGUGCUAAGAGUAAAUCUGGAAAGUUAUAUGUUGUAACUAAUUAUUAUCCACCAGGAAAUUUUAGUGGUCAGUUCGUUAAAAAUGUUCCACCGCCGGGCGCAUUGCAGUUUAAGUCGACUUCAAGUUUUAGUUCAAUGGAUUCGAAUAUUGAAUCAAAUAAUAAUUUACCACCCCCAUCGCCAAAUAAGAGAAACAGCAAAAAUAUAAGCGACCUCGCUAAUGAUAUAGUUACUAUAUUCCGCUCAACUUCAAUUGUUGAUAAAAAUUAUGUCGUCAAAUUUGAGUCAGAGUUUUUAAACGCUCAUAAUGAAUAUAGAAGUAAACACAGAGUGCCACCACUUGAAAUCAAUAAGAAAAUGUGCAAGUAUGCUGAAGAAUGGGCGAAAUCUAUAGCCAAAAUAGGAAGAGUGGAACAUAGAGAUCAAAAUGAAUAUGGUGAAAAUAUUUUCUACGCUUGGUCUACAGAUCCAAACUUCACAUUAUCCGGUAAAGACCCUGUUGAUAAAUGGUAUAGUGAAAUACAAAACCACAGCUUUGGUAAAGAACCGGACAAUUUAGGUUCGGGACAUUUCUCUCAGAUCGUGUGGGAAGAUACUAAAGAGCUUGGAGUGGGUGUUGCAAAAACAAAAGAAGGACAAAUAUACGUGGUAGCUUAUUACUACCCACCAGGAAAUGUCAUGGGAAGUUUUGCAACUAAAGUUCGUCCUCCAAUAGAUUAA